AUGCUCAGAGCGCUGUGGCUGGCUGGCCUGGCCACCGCCUCAAUCACCAUCCAAGUCAACCGCGUCGACCCAUUGCCCUUCACCGCGUCAGGUAUCGCUACAUCAGCUGCAGAUCUAUUCUCGCGGAGCUGUCCAGAAGAAGCCGAGAACACAGCCUCACUGCUCGCAUCAUCAUUUGACGACCUCUCAGAACGAAAUGUAUUCCCCUCGUCGGAUGGCUUUGUGAGGGGUGCCGUUGAGGCGUGGGCUAAGCAUGAGCAUCUCAUCCUACGCCCUGAUGAAAUCUGGUUUGAGGUUCUGGCGCAGAUGAAUGUGUAUAUGAGUAUUCACUCUGAAACUCUUCGGCAUUUAUUCGUUGAUCACUCUGGGCGCGAGAAGAUUACAGUGGAAGGGUUUUCGUGGGAUGGUAUCAUCGGUGCGUUCAGGGGGGAGAUACAGAGUAGGGUCAAGACGGGGUGGUUGUUGGAUUGGAUAAAGCCUGGUUUUAGCACCUCGACUGUGCAGGAUGACGUUACGGCUACGGUGUUGAUGAUGGGGCUGAUGCAGCAUUUCUUUGAGUAUGAGGGCAUGAUGGUGUGUGGAAUACCGAGUGUUACGCUUCUGGGGGAGAGGGAGGAUUGGGUUAAGCUGGGAGAGAAGGUUGAGAUGUUGAAGGAGUUUGGGGAUGAGGCGGGGGGUUUUGCGGAGAGGUUGAGGCCGAUUAUGAAGAGGUUUGUUAGUUCCUGGGAUGCUGAUACUGAUGGAGGUGAGAGUGAUGGGGAGAGGAAGUUGUUUUGGGAGCAGAUUGUUAGGGCGAAGAAGAAGUGGUCUUGUGGUGAGGGGGCGAGUGAGUGGGAUGUUUCGGGGUGGAUUACGGGAUUUAUGUACUGGGAUCGUGAUGGGAAGGUUAGGGGAGUUUAUGAGGAUUGGUAUGAUAACUGGGACGAGGAUGACGAAGAGUCCGCAGAGAAGGUCGAAGAGGCCAAGAAAGAGGAGGAGAAAGCUGAAGAGGUUGAAAUGGGCAUCUUCCCCAACGACUGGUCCCUCACAAUCGACGGACAAAGCUACAUCCCCAUCACCCUCUCCGACAUCAGCAUCGGCUACGCCAAAGCGCCCCUGACAAUGAAGAACUACCCCUCAGAAGGCGUCGACACCCCAGCGUUUCUCGUAGCAGGCAACGUUGGCGUGGAGAAGAGGAAUACGCCGGGUGGAGUCAUGGCGCAGCCUGUGAGUGGGUGGUUUGUGUAUGCGGGUGUAGAGGCGAAUUAUAGCGCUGGGCCGUGGUUGGGGAGUGGUGAGGAGUUGGGAGGGAUCGCAGGGGGAGUUGUGAGCUGUAAGGCGGCGACGGAGGAUGAUAAGGACGAGGAGAAUGAGAAGGCUAAGGAGAGACAGAAGGAGGAGGAAGUAAAAGAUUUAUAA